CAGACAGGUGGGAGGGAGGACAGACAGGUGGGAGGACAGGAAUUUUGUUUCACUAAAUUAACUAACGAAUGUGAAAUGUGUGUAAAACUCUAGUGAAAAAUUGUAAGCUCUAGAGAGAUGACUCGGUUAUCAGUAAAAUAAUUGAUAUAUUGGUUGAUCGGUUAAUGCGUCGUUUGGUUUAUUUAUAAAAUGCAAAGUUAAUUGAUUGAUCGAUUUGUCGAGCCAUUGAUUUAUUGAAUGAUUGACUGAUUGAUUUAUAAAUUACUGUAAUACUGAUUGAUUGAUUGGUCUGUUAAAUGAUUAGGUGAUUGAUUGAUUGAUUGAUUGGUCUGUUAAAUGAUUAGGUGAUUGAUUGAUUGAUUGAUUGAUUGAUUGAUUGGUCCGUUAAAUGAUUAGGUGAUUGAUUGAUUGAUUGAUUGAUUGGUUUGUCUGUUUUCUCUCAGGCAUAAUGAACAGCUCUGAUAAUCAGCCUCUCCUGGACAUGGUGAAGGCAUGUGUGCACUCUGUGAUGUUCGUGGCUGUAGGCGUGUUCACGUACGUGAUCGCGGUGACGGUACGCGGCUCUCCGCAUCUUCGCCGUAACGCUCACUACCUCCUGCUGCUGCAGCACUGCAUCUGCCUGACGGGCUUCAACGCCAUGGGCGGAGUGUUACACGGCCUGCGCGCCCUGCGUCUCCCCAUCACCCGCCUCGCCUGCUGGAUCCUGUUCGACCUGCAGGUCGUGAUGGCACGCGGCCUCAUCUUCACCCUCACCCUCAUGUGCAUGUGCACGUGCCUCUCCGUGCGCUGCCCGCUGCGAUACGAAGCGCUGGUGUGCACCUUGUACCGCUGGGUGAUAUUCGUGAUGUGGACACUGGCUCUGAUCAAUCCGGUGGUGUUUACGGCGUUGGCGUGCGCGCAGCACCCGUGGCGUUACGUGAUCUCUCCGGACGUGGAGUGCUCCACGGUUCUGGAGGGUAAAGCGUGCAUCAUCAGCGCGCUCCUGCUCCUCUUCCUCAUGGUGCUGCUUAUUUUCAGCAGUUACAUCCUCAUCUAUCUGGAGGGUCACCAAGCUGGUCACUUCUCUCAGUCCAACAGUAAAGGACGACGCACCAUCCUCAUCCACAUGCUGCAGAUCAGCCUGCACAUCUUCCCCUCCUUCAUCAUUAUCUCCCGCGUGCACCAGGUGCUCGUCAUUGCGGUCAUCACGUUCCUGAUCUUCAGCAUCUCGCAGUUUCUCAGUCCGGUGGUCUACGGCCUGCGAUGCAAGCAGCUCAACAAGGAACUCCCGCGAUUCUUCCCUCGCUGCUUUAACAAACGCGUGGCCCUGGAGCCUGGAGCGAGCGUGGAACAUCGUGGGAGUACCGGGACAGUCACCAGCACCUCAGGAGGACUGAGCAGCACCAGAACCAGCCACAGCACGGGUACCGUUACUGUCCACAUGUCUGACGGCGAGUGGGACGACGAGAACAAACGCCACAUCGGCAACCAUGAGGAAAGUACAGAGUGA